AUCAGUAAAUAUUUUCGCAUUAUAAAAGUAAUCGCGAGCUGUUGGGUGCAUGUUUUAUGUUUACCAUGAAAUAAAACAACAGCAGGAUUGUAUACGUAAAAGAUUGAAAGAUAUAAAAAUUGUUUAUAAAAUAUAAUUCUAAAUAAAAACCAUCAAGAUGGAUCGUCGAUUUUUAAAUGUUAUUUUACUCGGUUUCGGGUUUAUGUUUGUGUUUACUGCUUUCCAAACCAUGGGAAAUAUAGAGAAAACCAUAUUAGACAGCAUUAGCCAGGACGAUGCUACAUUCACCGGUGAUGGCUACACGUCGCUCGCCAUCAUCUAUGCGACGCUGGCUAUCUGCAACUGGCUGGCUCCAUCCGUCAUCACCUUCACUGGUCCCAGGGGUGCGAUGAUUAUCGGAGCCUGUACAUAUUUGUUCUUCAUAAUAUCAUUCCUGUUUCCGCGCACGUGGUUGCUGUACGCGGCCAGCGUGCUGAUCGGCGCGGGCGCGGCGGCGAUAUGGACCGGCCAGGGGAACUAUCUCACCGUCAACAGCGAUGCCGACACCAUAUCCCGAAACUCGGGAGUCUUCUGGGCGAUGCUGCAGUGCAGCCUCUUCUUCGGCAACCUGUUCGUGUUCAUCAAGUUCCAGGGCAAGACGCACAUCGACGAGCACACGCGCAACGUGGUGUUCGGCUCUCUGACGGCGGUGUGCGCGCUCGGCAUCGUGUUCCUGCUCAUACUGCGGCCGGCCCGCCGCGCGCCCGCCAUUGACGAUGUAAAGAGCGAGAUGGCAGCAACAGAAGGCGAGAGUGCCAUGGACGCCUUCCGAGGAGCGAUCAGGCUGUUCUGCACCGGAGACAUGUUGCUACUCAGCUUGGCCUUCAUAUACACUGGUGUGGAGCUGUCUUUCUUCAGCGGCGUGUACAGUCCCAGCAUUGGGUUCACGCUGUCCAUGGGCGACAACGUGAAACAGCUCGUUGGCCUGUCCGGUGUCUUCAUUGGCUUGGGAGAGGUGCUAGGUGGAGCCCUAUUCGGUAUAUUAGGCAGCAAGACGACUCGCUGGGGCCGGGAUCCCGUCGUCAUCAUGGGCUACCUCAUCCACAUGACGAGCUUCUUCCUCAUCUUCAUCAACCUACCCAACGUCGCGCCUUUCGGUGACACCUGGGAUGUGUCAUACAUCAGCCCAUCACCAUACCUGGCCAUGCUGUGCAGCUUCCUCCUUGGGUUCGGUGACGCGUGCUACAACACUCAGAUCUACUCCAUCCUGGGAUCGAAGUAUGCUGACAACAGUACGUCAGCCUUCGCGCUGUUUAAGUUUACGCAGUCGCUAGCAGCAGCCGCAUGUUUCUUCUACUCGUCCAAAGCUCUGCUGUCAGUGCAGUUGGGCGUGCUAGCGGUGCUGGGUACAGUGGGCACUGCGGCGUUUUGUCGCGUCGAGUGGGCCGCCCGCGCCCGAGCCCGCGCCCGCGCCAUAGAGGCCGACGACAAACUGUCGCCCGCGACACACGCGUUAGCCGAAAACGCGCUAUACUACGACUAAAACAUAUUUGUAAAUUCUGACGGCCAAUCACAAAACUUCUUCUUUUGAUGUAUGCUUUAGGAGUUGCUACAGAACAUAAUUUACUUAUAAUGUUAAAUAACGCCGAAGAAAAAUUGUCGCCCGCGAGUCGCGAUACACGCGCUACACUACGACUAAGUUAAGGCCAAUCACAAGUCUUCUUUUGGUGUAUGCGUAAGUUUUAAGAGUUGCUACAAAGCUUCAUGUAAAAUGUUAAAUGACGCCGACGAAAAACUGUCACCCGCGACACAC